AUGACUCUUUGAGAUUUGCAGGAGAUCCAUGAUGGAUUAGACUUUUGCGCUGCUGGUGGUGGAGAUUUUUCUUUUGGAAUAUUCUCUGUGAAAUUUUCAAAUGAUGGAAGGGAACUCGUUGCGGGAAGUAAUGAUGACUCGAUAUACGUUUAUGAUCUUGAAGCAAACAAGCUUUCCCUUCGAAUUUUGGCGCACACUUCUGAUGUUAAUAGUGUGUGUUUUGCUGAUGAAAGUGGCAAUCUUAUAUAUUCCGGAGGUGAUGAUAAUCUUUGUAAGGUGUGGGAUCGGCGUUGCUUUAAUGCAAAAGCAAAGCCUGCAGGAGUGCUAAUGGGACACCUAGAAGGCAUCACAUUCCUUGAUACUCGUGGUGAUGGUCGUUAUUUCAUCUCAAAUGGUAAAGAUCAAACAAUCAAACUGUGGGAUAUUCGGAGAAUGUCCACUAAUGCUGUCUGCAACGUCGGGCUUAGGACUUACGAGUGGGAUUACAGAUGGAUGGAGUAUCCUCCCCAGGCAAGAGAUCUGAAACACCCUUAUGACCAAUCAGUGGCUACAUAUAAGGGUCAUUCAGUUUUGCGAACUCUUAUUCGAUGCUACUUCUCCCCAGCAUCUAGCACCGGACAAAGGUACAUCUACACUGGAUCUCAUGAUUCUUGCAUAUAUAUCUACGAUGUGGUAACCGGGGCCCAAGUUGCGGUGCUGCAGCACCAUAGCUCGGCUGUAAGAGACUGCAGUUGGCACCCACAUUAUCCGAUGCUCGUGAGUUCUUCUUGGGAUGGAGAUAUUGUCAAAUGGGAAUUUCCUGGAAAUGGACGGGCAGUUGCUCCGAUGAACAGGAAGAGAGCAAGAAGAAGACAUUUCAUGUGAUCUGUAAACCUUUUGUUGUAUGCAUAUAUAUAUAUAUGAAGAAAUAAGGUCUGGAAACAAGGUUAUAGCCAUACAAUAAUGUCAUGAUCUUCACUUAAGUUUAUUAGUUGUAUAUAAAUAAAUUUUACUGUGAGAUGUAUCAUCUUUUAUUGUUUGGAAAAGUAAGAAAACCCCAUUGCCAUAAAGAUGCAAAA